GAAGUGGCCUGUGUCGGGCGGGAGGCGGAGCGGUGUCCGCUGGCCGGGGCUCCUUCGCCCGGGAGGGACUUGGUGUGCGGCGGCUGCGGGUCCCACACAGGCACCCCGCGCUGCAGGUCCGGGCGCAGCCACCCGCGUCUCGCCGGGGCCGCCGCCAUGGCCUUCCCGCAUCGACCGGACGCCCCUGAGCUGCCGGACUUCUCCAUGCUAAAGAGGCUUGCCCGCGACCAGCUCAUCUACCUCCUGGAGCAGCUUCCUGGGAAAAAAGAUUUGUUCAUCGAGGCAGAUCUCAUGAGCCCUCUGGAUCGGAUCGCCAACGUCUCCAUCCUGAAGCAACAUGAAGUGGACAAACUGUACAAGGUGGAGAACAAGCCGGUUGUCAGUUCCAGCGAGCAAUUGUGCUUCCUGGUCCGACCUCGCAUCAAGAAUAUGCGUUACAUUGCUAAUCUUGUCAACGCUGACAAACUGGCUGGCCGAACUCGAAAAUACAAAGUUAUCUUUAGUCCUCAGAAGUUUUAUGCGUGUGAGAUGGUGUUGGAAGAAGAGGGCAUCUAUGGAGAUGUGAGCUGUGAUGAAUGGGCCUUCUCUCUGCUGCCUCUUGAUGUGGACCUGUUAAGCAUGGAGCUGCCUGAGUUCUUUAGGGACUACUUCCUGGAGGGAGAUCAGCGCUGGAUCAACACUGUGGCUCAGGCGCUGCACCUUCUCAGCACCCUCUACGGGCCCUUUUCCAAUUGCUAUGGCAUUGGCAGGUGUGCCAAGAUGUCCUAUGAACUGUGGAGGAAACUGGAAGAGGAGGAAGAUAGUGAGACCAAGGGCCGAAGGCCGGAGAUUGGGCAUAUAUUCCUCCUGGACAGAGAUGUGGACUUCGUGACAGCACUUUGCUCCCAAGUGGUUUAUGAGGGCUUGGUGGACGACACCUUCCGAAUCAAAUGUGGGAGUGUGGACUUUGGCCCCGAAGUCACAUCCUCUGACAAGAGCCUGAAGGUGCUGCUGAAUGCUGAGGACAAGGUGUUCAGCGAGAUCCGUAAUGAGCACUUCUCUAAUGUCUUUGGCUUCCUGAGCCAGAAGGCCCGGAACCUGCAGGCCCAGUAUGACCGCCGGCGUGGCAUGGACAUUAAGCAGAUGAAGAACUUCGUGUCCCGGGAGCUCAAGGGGCUGAAGCAGGAGCACCGCCUAUUGAGUCUCCACAUCGGGGCGUGUGAAUCGAUCAUGAAGAAGAAGACCAAGCAGGACUUCCAGGAGCUAAUCAAGACUGAGCACGCACUGCUCGAGGGCUUCAACAUCCGGGAGGGCACCAGCUACAUCGAGGAGCACAUAGACCGGCAGGUGUCACCCAUAGAAAGUCUGCGCCUCAUGUGCCUCUUGUCCAUCACUGAGAAUGGUUUGAUUCCCAAGGAUUACCGGUCUCUGAAAACUCAGUAUCUGCAGAGUUACGGUCCUGAGCACCUGCUAACCUUCUCCAAUCUGCGGCGAGCUGGGCUGCUGACAGAGCAGGCUCCGGGGGACACACUCACAGCUGUGGAGAGUAAAGUGAGCAAGCUUGUGACUGACAAGGCUGCAGGGAAGAUCACUGAUGCCUUCAGUUCCCUGGCCAAGAGGAGCAAUUUCCGUGCCAUCAGCAAAAAGCUGAAUUUGAUCCCGCGGGUGGAUGGCGAGUACGACCUGAAAGUGCCUCGAGACAUGGCGUAUGUCUUCAGUGGCGCUUAUGUGCCCCUGAGCUGCCGGAUCAUGGAGCUGGUGCUGGAGCGACGAAGUUGGCAGGGUCUUGACGAGGUGGUGCGGCUGCUCAACUGCAGUGAGUGUGUGUUUACAGACACGGCCAAGGAGGACAAGCAAUCCAGUGAGUCCCUGCGCCUCAUCUUGGUGGUGUUCUUAGGGGGCUGCACGUUCUCCGAGAUCUCCGCCCUCCGCUUCCUGGGCAGAGAGAAAGGCUACAGGUUCAUUUUCCUGACUACGGCAGUCACAAACAGUGCACGCCUUAUGGAAGCCAUGAGUGAGGUGAGAGCCUGAAGUCUCUCCUUGGGCACACACACCAGCCACUGAUGGAGUGUCCGGUGACCACCCCGUUCGGAACUGGGGAGCCAGGACUUGGUGAGGACUCAAAAGGAGAGCUGCCUUCCCGCCCCAGGGACCUUCCUCUUUUUUGUUAAUGGUGUACAGCGUGUGCUGCUGUGCUCCAGGCCAACUGAGCCUUUGCUGGUUCCUAUGUGAGUAUCACUGUAAAUAAAGCCUCUGCUGUUAAGUGUA